UGUCGUCAACACGCUUACGGUCGAAGUGGGACAGUCGUUUGAGUUCGGUCUUUCGAGCGCGGAUUAUCUGUUCAACGUUAUACAACUGGGCUUCAUGCUGUCUCUUUCCCUCCUAUUUUUAAGUCUGAAAGAGACAGUGCAUCCAAGGAGACGAAGAUAAAGAAAGAUGCCGCUUCUCCACAGAAAGCCGUUUGUCAGACAGAAACCUCCGGCCGACCUAAAGCCUGACGAAGAGGUGUUCCUAUGCCGAGUCACCCACGAAAUCUUCAGAAACUAUGAUGAGUUCUUUGAGCGCACUAUUCUGUGCAACAGCCUUGUGUGGAGCUGUGCCCUGACUGGUAAGCCUGGCCUGACCUACCUGGAGGCUGUAGAGAGCGAGAAGAAGGCCCGGCAGAACCUCCAGAACUUUCCAUCUUCACUGGUCCUCCCUCUGCUGCACCUGACCGCCCUCACACACCGCACACGCCUCCACGAGAUCUGCGACGAUGUUUACUCCUACGCCAAGGACAGGUUUUUCCCUGGGGAGUUGGUGGAUGUUCUACACAGAGGAGGAGCCAGACAGCCAUGUGAGAUCCUGGAGGUGCAGUCCCCACACUCCAACUCUAACGGGGGCAUGAACGGUCACACAAAGCCCCCCUCAGACGGGGACGCCAUCGUCAUCAGUGACAGUGACGAGGAGAGCAGCGUCCUCAAGUCCCCCAAGUCACUGGCCAAUGGCCGUAAGAAGAAACCAAUCAACCCAGCAGUGAUAAAGUACAAAGUCCGUCCCAUUAAGACAGAAGGUUGUGAACCCAUUGUGACCAAGGCUGCUCAGAUGAGCCGCAAGAAGAACACACUGUCCCGGGAGAGGCUGAAGCUGCUCCUCAAACAGCACUGUGAACCUCAGAACGGAGCCAUCGGCCUCAAGGCCUCCACCAUAGCUAAGUACUGUCUGUCAGAGACAACCUUCUCCCAGUUUUUCCCAGAUGAACCACCAGUCUUUGUCUUCAGCCCACCCGCGAAGGGGCGGGGCAAACGGCCUGGAGAUGGCUCUCCUGGAGAGUUGGGACAUAGUCUCCUGAAGGCAGCAAAGGAGAAGCUUCAUCUAAUGCAGCAGAAAGAGGAAAUGGCUGUUGUCCAGGAGAAGGCCAAGUUGAAGAAGGAGAAAGAGGGUGCUUUGGAGGCCAAGAAGAGGGAGAAGGAGGACAAAGAGAAAAAGAAAGAAGAGCUGAAAAAGAUGUUUGAAGAGGAGAGGCAGAGAAGGAAGGAGGAGAAAGAUCGCAUGAAACUGGAGAAGGAGAAGGAGCGAGAGAAGCUGAAGGAGGAGAAGAAGAAGUAUGCAGAGCGUCUGAAGCUGUGGAACAAACCCAGAGAGGACAUGGAGUGUGAAGACCUGCAGGAGCUUCCCAGUCCGGUACCGGUGAAAACCCGCCUUCCAGCUGAGCUGUUUGGAGACGCUCUCAUGGUUCUGGAGUUCCUCAAGUCCUUUGGAGAACUGUUCGACCUGAAGGAUGAGUUCCCGGACAGAGUCUCCUUAGAGGUUCUGGAGGAGGCACUGGUGGGUUCGGACCCUGAGGGGCCCCUGUGCGAGCUGCUCUUCUUCUUCCUGUCGGCCAUCUUCCAGGCUCUGGCGGAGGAGCAGGAGGAGGUGGCCAAAAACCAGGUGGCCGAGGCCGACACCAAAGAUCUUAGCGAGGCGCUGGAUGAUGAUUCAGAUCCCACCCAGUCAGCCAUCAGCGCUGUGGCUGCCCUUGCUGCUGCCUGGCCACAGCUACACCAAGGCUGCAGUCUGAAGCAGUUGGACCUGGACAGCUGCACCCUGUCAGAGAUCCUGAGGCUCCACCUCCUGGCCUCGGGCGCCGACUGCAACAACAGCAACGCCAAGUUCCGUUACCAGAAGCAGGGGGGCUUCAUCUCCAGCGACGACCCAUGUGUGGAGCUCCGACUGGCCAACCCUGCCAUUCUCAAGAGGCUGUCCUGCACUGCUGUCUACGACCUGCUGCCAGGUGAGAAGAUGAAGAUCCUGCACGCCUUGUGUGGAAAGCUGCUGACGCUGGUGUCCACCAGGGACUUCAUCGAGGACAGUGCUGAGGAGCAGAGGCAGGCCAAGCAGGAGCUCAGGGAGCUGAAGGCUGAGCAGCACCGCAGGGAGAGGGAGGAGGCCGCACACAGGGUGCGCAAGCGGAAGGAGGAGAAGCUACGUGAGCAGGAGCUCAAGCUCAGGGAGCUGCAGGAGAAACACGAGAAGAUGAAAGAGCAGGAGAACGCCAGCCACUCCACCAGGGAGGGAGCUGAGGACAUGAACACCAGUACAGAGAGUCAUGGAGGACACCAGACAGAGGACGAGGACGAACAGAGCAAGGCCAAGAAAAAGAUUGGAGGCGGUGGUCCGAAACAGAAGCAGGCAGAGCCUAAGGAAGACCCCGCCCCCUUGGGUCUGAACCCUGAGGAUCUGCAUCAGGAGCAGGAGAAGGUGCGAGAGCUGCAGGAGCGGAUCCAGAAGGCGGCCGCCUGCACGUACAUCCUCCCUCUGGGCCGCGACCGCCUCUACAGGCGCUACUGGCUCUUCCCCGGCGCCUCCGCCCUCUUCGUGGAGGACGACUUCCUGGGCCUGACCGAGGACAUGCUCCUGCCCCAGCCCAAACAGGAAGCCAAGACGGAGGACCAGGAAGGGGCCGACACCGCCGUGUCCAGCCCCGCCUCUGACCCGGGCUCCGCCCCAGUGCACGUCUGCGGCCCGCCCGUCAACCGGCCCAACCAGUGGGCGUUCUACAGCACGGUGGAGGAGGUGGAUCGGCUGAUCGCGGCGCUGAACCCCAGAGGGCACCGUGAGAACACGCUGAGGGAGGCUCUGCUGCUGGAGAGGGAACGCAUCGCUCAGCUGCUGUCCACCUCCGCAGCCGACAGAUACAACCAUGCAGACAAGCCCCAGGAUGCAGGGAAAGCUGGAGGCAGUUCCUCCAGGACCAAGUCCUCCACAGCCGUCCCAGAAUCCUCUGCUCCGGCUGAGCGGUUCAUGGAGAACCGUCUGAGGGAUCUGCUGCUGGACAUCGAGGACCGCAUCUACCAGGGAACCCUAGGGAACCUCAAGGUGAUGGAGAGGAGUGCGUGGAGGGCAGCUCUGGAGCAGGGCCAUUACGACCUGCUGACCCCAGACGGCGCAAAGGAGAACGGGCUGAAGGUGAAUGGAGAGGUGGAGGACAUGGAGGUGGACUGUCAGCCCCAGAGAGGAAGCACUAGAGACAGGCUGGCCGAGCUGAAGGCUGAGGGGGGCAGCGUGGCGACACCGGGGUGUUCCAGCGGGUCGGGGACCCCCCAGCCUGUCAACAACACGGUCCAUCUGCUGGCCCAGGCCCUGGUGCAGAUCGAACAGGGCAUGGAGAGGAAGUUUCUCAAGGCACCUCUGGGGGAUGAAGACUCUAAGAAGGAUCAAAAGACUAAGAAGAAAGACAAGGACCAGUCUAGUGAUAAAGACGACGGCAGUGACAGCGGGCGUGUGUGUAAGACGGUGCUGGAGCGGUGGCGGGACUCUCUGCAGGCGUGCUCCAGCCUGUCCCAGGUGUUCCUCCACCUCUCCACCCUGGAGAGGAGCGUGCUGUGGGCCAAGUCCCUGCUCAACGCCCGCUGCAAGGUCUGCCGGCGCAAGGGAGACGCCGAGAACAUGUUGCUCUGCGACGGCUGCGACCGGGGACACCACAUCCACUGCAUCAGGCCCAAACUCAAGGCGGUCCCUGCUGAGGACUGGUUCUGUCCGGAGUGUCGACCCAAACAGCGGGCCAACCGUCUCACCUCGCGCCAGCGCUCGUCUGUGGACUCAGAGGAAGAGAUGGAGGAAGAGAGAGGCUCUGAGGAGGAGUCGGAAGAAGGCACCGAAGAGGAGGAGUCGGAAGAGGAAGAGUUGGAGGAGGAUUCUGAAGAGGAGGAAGUAAAAGAGAGUGUGACUAAGAAGGGCCGGGCUGCCGUUAAGCUCCCCCCGCCCGCUAAAGGAGGCCGGUCCAACACCAAGACCCCCAGCAAAAGCAGCUCCAGCCACUCUACCCCCCGCAGCCAGCAGACCACCCCCAGACAGGCCCCCUCCUCUGGGAGGGCGGCCUCCGGCUCGGCCUCCAGGGGCUCAGGGAAGAAGCCCACCCCCGUGUCCAACGGCAGAGCUCCUCCUAGGGCAGGAAGCCGCGCCAGCUCUCGCCUCAGCCAUGAGAUCCUGGCUCCCAACGGCAAGACCCCCUCACCUGCCUCAAAACGUCCCCCCGCAGCAGAGGUCUCCACCAAGCCAAAGCCCGUCCUGCUGACGACCUCGUCCUCCUCGUCCAGCCGCCGCAGCUCUGGCAGGAACCACGGCGUGCACGAGCUGUCGGCCUGCGAGCAGCUGACCGUGGAGCUGGUCAGACACGAGGACAGCUGGCCCUUCAUGAAGCUGGUCUCCAGGACUCAGGUACCUGACUACUAUGAUAUCAUCAAGAAGCCUAUUGCCCUGAGCACCAUUAGGGAGAAGGUCAACAACUGUGAAUACAAAACAUCUGCGGAGUACAUUGAUGACGUGGAGCUGAUGUUUGCCAACUGUCUGCAGUACAACCCUCGCCACACCAACGAGGCCAAGGCUGGGACCAGGCUCCAGUAUUACUUCUACUCUGAGCUCCAGAAGCUGGGUCUGUCUGACAAGACGUCUCCUCCUCCUCAGAAACGGCCCCGGAUGUAACACACCAUCCCCUACACCCCUGCCUGCCUCUCUAGAACUGACACAAUGUCCUUGAAGGUGCUUGGUGGAAAGUAGAGGCAGUUAAGUAAUGUUGAUAGAUCUGCACUAUAGGCCUAAGUACAUCAUAGCAUAUCAGGCAACAAGAUCAAGUUAUCACCAUGUUGCUUAUACCAGUCCAUUCCUCUCAGAUCUAGAGCCAAGCCAGGCAGGGGCAAGGGAGGGAUGUGGAGUUUGUUUGUAAACAGACUGGAUUGAACUUUCCUAGCACCAAACUGGAGUUUUUGAACAUUCCCAAAGCAAAAUGGCCACGUAAGACAGCACCACAUACCGUCAGAUGACAACACAGGAUUAACUUGAUGUGAAUCUACUUUGCACUGGAUAUUAUUUGAAAACAGUCGAUUUUAUUCAUUUUCACUCAGGGAAAACAAAUUGUGAUUUGUAAUUGAAAAUUACGUUUUUUACAACGGUGCAUUAUGUUUUGUAUUUUCUUGGCAGCAUUUCUAGACUACUGUUUUGAGCACAUCUCUCAAGUGAAUGACCUCAACAACUUUGAUUAAUUAGGUAUUGCCACCUCAAGAUGACUGUUCUAAGUUUGUUUGUGCGUUUUCUCAGUUGUAACUUAGUAGAAAAAUGUCCCAGAAUCGACUGUCCAUCAACACACACCCUGAAGGGGGGAGGGGCUUCAGUGACACUACACUGGAACAACCAUCAUUUAAUCCUUAUCAAAUGUUCCAUAAUCCCCAUUUUGUUUUUUUCUUAUUGGUUAUUUAUUUAGUUUGUGUGUGAGGAUGACCUGCUUUAUUUAUGAUUUUCUUUUAAAUAUAUAUAGACCAUGUUUUUGUAAAGAUUAAUUGACAUAGCUUUCUGUUGAGUUUUAGGGUAGAGUUUAAAUACUGAGUUUCCCCCUAAACUUUCUGAACUUUUGCUUUUGUAUUUGCUGUCUUGUACAUUUUUCUGUAUGUAAAAAUAAAUUGACUUUUGUUUAAUA